UUUUGUUUUAUUGUUGUGUGUUUGUGUUUGUGUGAAUACAUGAAAAUCAUCGAAAUUUGGUUUUUUUUAUCAUAUUAAUAAAAAUAUGGAUUCAAUGGAUUCGUCGGCAAUGUUUUGUCCACCACAAUCUCAAACAACAACUGUACCAACAUCGGCUUCAACAAUUGUCAAUCAAAUGAACGGUACAGCAAAUAAUCAUAUAACAAUGUUGAAUAAUACGGCAACAACAACGAAUAAUACGGUUUCGGCCAUAAAUCAAUAUCAAACAUUAACCGUUGAAAGUGCCAAUCAAUUAUUGAAUUUUAAAAGUGUAUUCGAUAUACAGCUAUUAGAACAGGUUGUCGAAUGUUUAUAUACAACUCAGGGUCAACCACAAAAGAUUGCCCAAGAAAUUCUUACCCGAUUUAAAGAACAUCCAGAUUCAUGGACACGUGUAGAUGGUAUACUUGAAUAUGCGAAAAAUAAGGAAACAAAAUAUUUUGCCCUACAAGUACUUGAAAAUUUAAUCAAAACAAGAUGGAAGAUAAUACCAGAAAAUCAAUGUGAAAAUAUUAAAAAAUUCAUUGUUGCAUUAAUCAUCAAAACAUCAACCAAUCCAAUAUCAAUGGAACAGGAUAAAGUUUAUCUAAAUAAAUUGAAUAUGAUAUUGGUACAGAUUUUGAAACAAGAUUGGCCAAAAAAAUGGCCAAAUUUUAUAUCGGAUAUUUGUGCUUCCAGUAAAAAAAGUGAAACAUUAUGUAUGAAUAAUAUGACUAUUCUCAAAUUAUUAAGUGAAGAGCUUUUUGAUUUUUCCACUGGCCAAUUAACACAGGCAAAAUCAAAACAUCUUAAAGAUACAAUGUGUCAACAUUUUCGUGAAGUUUUUUCACUUUGUCAAUAUGUAUUAGAUGAUUCUCGAAAUGAAAAAUUAAUCUAUUGUACAUUGGAAACAUUAUUAAGGUUUCUUAAUUGGAUUCCUUUGGGUUAUAUUUUUGAAACUGGACUAAUCAAUGCAUUGAUAUUCAAGUUUUUCCCAUAUGAUCUUUUCCGUAAUAUCACCCUCAAAUGUUUGACUGAGAUAGCCAAUAUUGGUGUGGAUUCGUAUGAUGAUGUUUAUUGUUUAAUGUUUGAAACAUUUAUGCUUCAAUUGAAUAAGAUUCUUCCGAAUCCUGAAGAUUUAAAAAAUCUAUAUGAAACUGGAAUUGAAGAAAAUCAAAAUUUUGUUCAAAAUUUGGCCAUGUUUUUAUCAACAUUAUUGAAAAAACGUGGACAGUUAUACGAAACUGAAGCUUUGCGUAAACAAUUAUUAAUGGCAGUCAUGUAUUUAAUCGUCAUAUCACAAGUGGAGGAUGUUGAAGUGUUCAAAAUCUGUUUAGAAUAUUGGGGAUCACUUACGGAACAAUUGUACAAAGAAUGUCCAUUAGAUGAUCGAGUUGUAGCAUCGUCAACCAUACCAAUGCGUCGAUUAAUCUACGAAGAAAUGCUUAGCAAACUUCGUUACAUAAUGAUUGGUCGUAUGGCCAAACCAGAAGAAGUACUUGUUGUUGAAAAUGAACAGGGUGAAGUUGUACGUGAAUUCAUGAAAGACACUGAUUCAAUACAAUUAUAUAACAAUAUGCGUGAAACAUUGGUCUAUUUAACACAUUUAAAUUCACAAGAUACGGAAAAUAUAAUGAAUGAAAAACUUAAAAAACAAGUUGAUGGUUCUGAAUGGUCGUGGAAAAAUUUAAACACGCUAUGCUGGGCGAUCGGAUCAAUAUCGGGUGCUAUGUUAGAAGAAGAAGAGAGAAAAUUUCUAGUCACUGUUAUCAAAGAAUUAUUGGGUUUAUGUGAACAAAAGCGUGGUAAAGAUAACAAAGCUAUUAUUGCUUCGAAUAUUAUGUAUGUAGUGGGACAAUAUCCACGUUUUCUUCGAGCAUAUUGGAAAUUUUUGAAAACAGUUGUUAAUAAAUUGUUUGAAUUUAUGCAUGAAACACACGAUGGUGUACAAGAUAUGGCUUGUGAUACAUUUAUCAAAAUUGCUAAUAAAUGUCGACGACAUUUUAUUACAAUACAACCGGGCGAAGUACAGCCAUUUAUAGAUGAAAUAUUGGAAAAUAUGGCCACCGUUAUCAAUCAACUUGAACCACAUCAGAUUCAUACAUUUUACGAAGCAGUGGGCUAUAUGAUAAGCGCACAAACCGAUGAAAAAAUUCAAGAAAAAUUGAUACAAAACUAUAUGACACUACCAAAUCAAGUUUGGAAUGAUAUAAUUCGUAAAGCAGCGAUCAAUGUCGAUUUUCUUACUGAUCACAUAGCGAUAAAACAACUAGAUAAUAUUAUAAAAACAAAUUAUCAUGCCUGUAAAGCAUUGGGAUUUGCAUAUAUUCAACAAUUGAAAUUCAUCUAUAUGGACAUGUUAAGCCUGUAUAAAGUAAUGAGUCAACAUAUUUCGGCUGCCAUUGCUAAAAAUGGUGAAGAAGUCAUGAAACAACCGAUUAUACGUGCUAUGCGAGGUCUAAAAAAAGAAAUUCUUAAAUUAAUCAAUGAAUGGAUUGAUCGUUCGGAUAUUAUUGUGGAACAAUUUAUUCAAAGUCUUCUCGAAGCUAUUCUUAAUGAUUAUAAAAUGUGUCCUGUGCCUUCGGCUAGAGAACCUGAAGUUCUUUCAACAAUGUCGACAGUCAUAAAGAAAAUAACGGAUGACAUGAAUCCAGAAGUUCCAACAAUAUUCGUUGCCGUAUUUGAAUGUACAUUAGAAAUGAUCAACAAAGAUUUUGAAGAAUAUCCUGAACAUCGAAUAAAUUUUUAUAUUUUAUUGCAACAAGUUGUUACACAUUGUUUUAGUGCCCUACUCAACACAUUACCUAAUCAAUUUAAAUUGGUAUUAGAUUCAAUUAUAUGGGCAUUGAAACAUACAAUGCGUAAUGUUGCCGAUACUGGAUUAAAAAUCUUAUUAACAUUGAUGGAAAAUAUGAUGCAACAGCCAGCUGAAAUGAAAAAUUGUUUCUAUCAAACAUAUUAUACAGAUAUUAUGCAACACAUGUUUUCUGUUGUUACGGAUACAUCACAUUCGGCUGGAUUAACAAUGCAGGCACGGAUUUUGGCUUUUAUGUUUGAAAUUGUCGAUAUGAAUAAAAUAACUGCGCCACUCAAUCCAGCCCUUCAGAAUGGUGUUGCUAAUGCUGCUGCUGCUGGUGUACCACAACAAUAUGAUAAUGUACAAUUUGUCAAAGACUUUGUAUCAAGUUUGUUGAAAAGUGCUUUUAGCCAUCUGACUGAUGCUCAAAUUCAGGUAACUGUGCAAGGAUUUUUCAAUCUUAAUCAAGAUGUGGUAGCAUUUAAAGAACAUUUACGUGAUUUUCUUGUCCAAAUUCGGGAAUUUGCUGGUGAAGAUGAUAGUGAUCUUUUCUUAGAAGAACGAUUAGCUGAACUUCAGAAAAAAGAAGCUGAAAAACGACAACGACAAUUAUCUGUACCGGGUAUUAUUAAUCCAUAUGAUCUGCCUGAUGCAAUGGAUGAUAAUUAAUUGAAAAGAAAAAGUUUUCAUUUGAUCAACGAAUCCAUCUAAAAUUAUUGGUCGAUGUGCUCUAUUCCCUGAAUAAUUUAUGAUCAUCAUCAUCGUCAUCAUCAUUAUCAUUAUCAUCAUCUUAAUCUUUGACAAAUAUUCAAAAGUCUAAAGUGUAGGAAUCGAUUCCCUUUUUCAUCGAUAAAAUAACCACAUAAUAACAAAUUUUUGAUCAAUUCAUGAAUUAUUCUGUUGAUAUUCGAACCGUCGUCUUUACUUGGCUACCCCAUCAUUUGGCCAUAUCCAAACAAACAAACAAAAAAUUCAAUUCGAUACAUCACAUACUUCACUUUUUUUCUCUUUGCAGAAUGAUAAUGUUGGUUUUUUCUCUCUCUCUCAUUUAUUUUUUCCCUCUCCUUUUUCAUCAUUAUUUGUAUCCACACACACACACACACACAUUACAUAACAAAAUACAUACAUUGUACUUUACUUUAUUCUCUCUUAUAAUUACUACUAUAUAAUUAAUCUUUUAUUAUUCUCAAAAAACAAGAAAAAACUUCUAUAUACUU